AUGUCACUUUCAGCUUCAAGAUUCAUUCUUAGUAAUGGUAACGCAAUCCCAGCUGUUGCAUUUGGUAUUGGUGCCAAACACUUUAAACAUGGUCAUGGUGAAUUAGAUAAGCAAUUGAUUGGUACUUUAGAACUCGCUUUGAAGGGAGGUAUAAACCAUAUCGAAGGUGCUGGAUCUUACGGAACAAAUGAAGAAAUCGGAAUAGCUUUGAAAAAUCUGUUGGUUAAAAGAAACGAGGUUUUCAUCACUGCUGAGUAUCUUCCCAGCGAAGAAAAGCAUCUUAAGCAUCACAAUCCAUAUGAAGAGUUGAAAGCUGAUUUAAAGGACUUGGGCACGACAUAUGUUGACUUGUAUCUCCUCCAUCAAGAAGUUGCCAAGGGUGGACCCGGUUUGAUGAAGCAGUGGAGCCAUAUGGAAAGGUUGAAAGAGGAAGGUUUGGCCCAUAGCAUUGGUGUGUCAAAUUUUGGUGUUGAAGAUUUGAAAAUGUUAUUAAACUCCAAGACCAAGUGGAAGCCGGUUGUCAAUCAAAUUGAAUUCAAUCAUUAUUUGCAUGAUGAAACUCCUGGAAUUGCUGAGUUUUGCCAAGAGCAAGGGGUUUUAGUUGAAGCUUAUGCGGUGGUAUGUCACAACAAGUCGCUUCAUUACGUCUUGUCGAGCAUGGCUGAUAAGUAUGGCAAGAAUAGUGAUCAAAUCUUAUUAAGAUGGGUGAUUCAAAAGGGAUUGUUACCAAUUACCACUACUUCAAAGGAGGAACACAUGGAAGAUAUUGUCAAUGUUGUCAAUUUCGAAUUAGAAGAUGAGGAUGUGGAAGAGAUUACAAGGGUCGCAAGAAAGAAGGCUCAUUUUAAGUAG